GCUUUCUCAAUAUUCAAUAGUUAGCAAGAAUGAACACCGCUACUCGUCGAGCACGAAAUAAACGUCCAAGGCCGAUAGAUGUUAUUGAGGAUGAGGAAGAAGGCAACAGCACAGGUAAGCUACUGUACAAAAGCCAUAUAUGUUGCUUGGAACGUGUAUUUGUUUACUUGUUUUGUCCUGCAAAAUACGAUGAUGAACUGAUCACAAACAUCAAUGUAGCUAGUUAGCUAGUUGCACUGUUAUUUAUUGUUUUUAUUCUAUGGAGCACCCCAACCUCAGCUUUUCACAGUGCAAUGUACUUGUACAUAAAUCUUGUGAGAAUAAACAUCUUGAAUCUUGAAGCGUUAGCCUUGCUAUCGCUCAGGUUAGUGGAGCAGGGUUCAAAACCAACGGCACUACAUCGUCCAGGGCUUGCAGGGGCCGAAUUAGAAUUAGGCCGAAUUUUCAAGAGGUCCCCCGCUAGAUGAUAAUUUUGAACUAAAUGGGACCCUUGUGGGUGUGUAACUCUGAGAGUAUACAAAAGGAACCAAAUGGACCCGGUAGUGUCCAUUAUUUUUACACUCUAAAUUAAUCAACAAUAACUUUAGCCUCUCAAAAAGGGACAUAUCUUUUCAAAUAUGGCUCUGCAGGCUAAUAUGUGUGAGUUUGGAGGUGUUGACAGGAAAACGUUUAAGAACCACUGGCUUAUACUGAUUGAAACCGAACCAUGUUUAGCCCAGGGACCAACAAAUGUAUAUUUGGGACAAAUGUGCCUUAUCCACAAUGAGUUCAUUGAAAAAGGCUUCAAAGCUCCCCAGACCUAUUUGGAAUGAAUUGUUUAGCCUUCAUAUAGCAUAAUAGUGGGCGGGGUUUGCUGGUUCCACUAAAACGAGCCCCAUUCAUUUUCACCACAGGCUUUUACAAAAAUAUUUAUAACAAUUAUUUUUAACUUAGAACCAAGCCAUCCAGCUUUCCAGUGAAUCAUGACCAUGAAACCUUUGAUUCUAUGAAAAGAAAAAAAGAAACGCUAAACAAAGGAUAUUUAUGAAAUGAAGUAUAUCAAAUAAUUAAAUAUUCAAAUAUUUCUUUUCACAGAACCAAAGGUUUCAUGGUCAUGAUUGACUGGAAUCCUGGAUGGCUUGGUUCUAGGUUUAAAAUAAUUGUUAUAAAUACUUUCGUAAAAGCCUAUGGUGAAAAUGAAUGGGGCUUAUUUUAGUGGAACCAGUAAACCCUGCCCACUAUUAUGCUCUAUUGGAGUCUCUGUGCCACACACCAGUAUGGUGGCAAAUAUGGUUUACAGCACUGUUUCCUAGACAGUGGGUCGGGACCCAUUGGUGGGUCAGACAUAUGUGGUGAUCAUGUUCUUUUCCAACAUUUAUCAAUCUAUAUCUUUCCAGAUUUGACGAAAAUAAUACAUUUAAAAAACAAACAAAUCUUAAAAAUAAAAAACGCAAAUAUUAAAUAUGUAUUAAGAAACAGUGAAAAUAGCCAAUCUACAAGCUCUCAACAUGGUGUGUACUGAUUGAUGUGAAGGGUUAUGUCACAUUAGGUCCAAUUGAAACAUUCAACUUGUGCUUAUGCCAUUACUCAGUGUUAUAGCUGGCAAACACAACAUUAGUAACAAGCACUUUUGGUUAACUAAUCACCAUUUGUCAUCUCUGUUUCAGGAAACCCUGUGUCCCAGUCGCCCACUGCUGAGCUGGCAGCAAAGAGGAUGCGCACACAGCUAGAGAAGGCCAAGAAUAAUGAAGCUUCUCAAGCUAAAGUGAUUGAGAAGUUAACGAAAGAGAAGGAAGACCUUCUGGCUGAAGUGGCCAAAUGUAAGUACUCCACUUGUAUUCAAUUACAUUAGACAGGACAACUAUCCACUCGUCCUUGACUCUUUGCCCUGUUACCCCCCAAACUGUGGAACAAACUCCCAGUUGCACUUAGAACUACAGACUCAAUGGUUAGUUAAUUUUGCAAACUUCAAAUAGGCUAUUUGCAGUUCUGUUCUACUGUAGCCUAGAGUUAUUAGUUUUAAGAACCUUGUUAACCAGUAAAAUCACUCUCAGCCCCACUGCUCCUUUUUGUAGUUUGUGAUGUGAUAUAGGCCUUGCUACAUGCUCAGUGUUUGUGCUGUUGUAUUCCCUAAGAUGCCCCUCUCUAUUGUGUCUAAUGCGUUAUUUGUCUUUGUAUCUAUUGUUUUGCUUUCUUAGAUAAGAAAAAAAGUACCAAGGCAAAUGAAGAAGAGUAUGCAUCCAGUGACUCCCAGAUUUCCACAACCUCCACAUCUUCCUCUUUGUCAUCCUCCUACUCUUCAACCUCAGAGGAGGAGAGAAAGAAGAAAGGGAAGAAGAUGAGGAAGAAAGGGAAGACACAGAAACGGCCAAAAAGGAAGAAGGCAAAGUCCAGUAAGGAAAAAGGAAGACGCAGAGGUAACUGUGCUUUGCAAACAUGACCUUUUUGGUGACCACAACACACACACACCUGCGCUCUUUCCUAAUAACUUGUACUUUUGCUUUAUGGUGUCAACUUAUUUUUGAAUGUAAGAUCUUUCAGGCUUUUGUUAGUUUAAAGGGUACAACCGUAUUACGUAUUUUGGUGUCAAAAUGCCUGUUGUAUCAAGAAAAACUACAGAAAUGACAGCAGAGAUCUACAGCUACAAUCGUAGGUCUGCUAUAUCAAAUUUCAUAAAACGAUUUUUCUCUUUGUAUUUUUCAUUUCAGCAAUGAAUCCUCAGCAGGUGGUUGAGAGGUACAAGAAGGUGCUGGGUCACUUCCAGAAGGGCAAAAAUCUAUCUGAGAGCUACAAUGCUGUGGACGUCAACAAAAACACCAUUACAACCAGCGCCUCCAUUCCAGAGCUCGCCAUAUCCGCACCGGAUAAAUAUGCUGACGUUCUGCAGGGCUAUUCUAGGUCGCAGAAGCUGAAUGUAUUUGUGCAGGAAUGUUCAAAGGUCCUCAGUGAGGACCCCGAGUGAUGGCUAAGGUAGAUAAGCUUAAGGAUGAAGGGAAACUACUCCCGAUCUCAAAGAGAACAUAAUCUCCCUUUUUUUUUUCUUUUUCGGAUCACAGUUUUAAGGGC